AUGGACUCUAUUUUAAUGGUGAAUGAAUGUGUGGAUAGUCGGAUUCGAUCUAGGGAAUCAGGUCUUAUUUGCAAGCUGGAUUUGGAGAAGGCCAAUGAUAAUGUCAACUGGGACUUUCUACUAUAUAUGUUAGAGAGGUGCGGUUUUGGGGAAAGAUGGCAAGGCUUCUUCAGUAGCUCUCGAGGAGUGAGACAAAGGGAUCCUUUGUCCCCUCUAUUAUUUGUGUUGGUGAUGGAGGCGUUUAGCAGGAUGAUGAACGCAACGGUGGAGAGAGAUCUAAUGGCUGGGUUUUCGGUGGGUUCGCGACAUUCUGAGCUAAUGGUAGUGUCACACUUACUAUUCGCAGAUGACACACUUAUCUUCUGCGAGCCAAAGGUGGAACAACUUCGUGAGGUGGGAGAUGUGGAAGGUUUGUCAAGAAUACUUGGGUGUGGUGUGGAUUCAGUACCAUUUGCGUACUUGGGUUUACCUUCGGGUGCUCAUUAUAAGGAUCCAUUUAUAUGGAACAAUGUCAUUGAAAAGAUUGAGACUAAGUUGGCAGGGUGA